AUGGCAAUUCCCGCCUACAUCUUGAACAAAUCUCAUAUUACCUCAAGCCAUUACAAGUACAUCAACCUCAUUAGUAACAAUCUAGUAACUUAUAGCACAUUGCCCAAUCUUAACAAAUACUAUGCUGGAACCAGAGUUAAAUGUAGCUCUAUAAAUAUUCUUAUCUCUAAAGCAAGUAUUUACAGUGAUUUGAUAGCAGUUAUAGUGGGACUAGGCAAUGCCUGGAGGGCCCUGUUGAAAGGGUCUCCUGAAGAUUCUACCACCAACGAACAUGAGUUCCGAAGACAGGUUCCUGCCAGCCCUGAGUUGAUGCACAACGAUUCCCAGGACUUUUCUCUUUACGUCCUUGACCCUUUCGAAGGUCAAGCCGCUCCGCACGCUACAGUCCUUCCGUGUCACAACUCGAACACAAUACAUGGCUACGCUACCACACCUCACUCUCCCGGAGUCGCAGUUGCAAUGGGACUUAUGUCAUGGGCGUUAUCAUCCACAGAAAACUCUUCUUCUGUGACAGGGACAUUGGUUAAAUCACCGACGGGCGAAAUCGCACUGGAGGUUAUAUUUGCGCUCAGAGAAGUGCCAUCUCAGGUGUGCUUCAUUCAAUGUCAUGUUGGCGAUGUCUUCGUUGCGUUUACACAUCUCAUAGCCCAACCCAGCUGUUUUUCACAUUACGUCUCCACCCCCGCCUCUUCUCAACCUCACACACGCCAAUUUGCAAGGUCGACAGACUUUCCCUUGCCUUAUGUCGGUCCCCCAAAACGUUUGCGCAGAUCUCACCAUUCUCGUACCAGUGUGCAGGAAGGGCCAUUCAUCAAAGCACCCUUAGACAGGACUAAUACGCUCAGGCAAGGACACCGCAAAGCUUCCUCGAGUAAUGACCACUCCUCCCUCGAGAACCAGUCUUCCUCUUCCAGCUCUACCCAAGCGCUUCUGCCUGGACCAUCUUCAACCAGCCCCAGUGAUAUAGAUCUGCGCAUGACGCUUACCAACCUACUUUCCCUUUGCAACGGCAAUGCGUCCCAUGCCUCUGAAUCUUCCAUAUCGACCAUAAUUUCUACGUCCAUUUCUGCCAACUCCAACUUCACCACGAUUUCGGACCUCGUGAACCUUCUUUCACAGAAUUUGCCUCCACAAAGCGCCAACCUUACUCCGGUCGAUGGUGCGUCCGCAAUCGUCUCUGCACCUGUACAUCUUUCAAAACGGCCAUCAACAACUAUCAUCUCCGAUGACGAUGACGAUAUCGUAGUCCUCGAGAAAGAGAACGUUGAUCCAAGUGCUUUCCGUAGGCGCAACAAUGUAGCCCAAUCUAAUGAACUCGCAUCCUCGCCCGACAUUACACUAUAUGAUAUGCAGAGGCGCCCUCUCAUGCCGUCGACCCCCAGAAAGCAACUCGAGCGCAAACGAACCUUGAGCGAUGUCAUAGACAGAGGGGCCAAUGCGCAACAACGGAAGCGGAGAAAGGUCACUAAGCGGCAUAACAGUUCGCCUGCACAUGCCCACGUCGAACGGUCCGGUUUUGGUGCAACAAGUCGAGGGACUCUCAAAGUCGAGGGUGGUUCUAGAGCUGUCGGCGGUGUGUCGGAGGCAUACCUGCAGCGAGUCCCCUUCUCCGAUCCAGGUGUAAUGUCUAUCGGUCACUCGAAAGACAUCAGUAAUCCUUUGGCUCGAUCCCGCACCAGAGACUCCCGGGUGCUAGCGCAAAGGAUUCGCGGAUCAAAUGAGCUUGGGCGUGCAACUGCGGGGGUGAACGCAGAUCUCCUAGCUGCUCGCACAGCGCUCGUAGCAUCAUCUUCCAGUCCUAUAUUGAAAACUAACCCCAGAGUACCAGCCCUUCCGUCCACACCUGCAUCAAGGUCGGCAACAUCUGCGUGGAAGCUCAAGAAAGUUCCAGACUGGGCAAAAACAAACACAGCGACUCAACCACGCAUCUCCGAGGAGACUCUUAGAAAGCGCGCGCAAGAACAAGCUGUCGACGCAACGAGGCGUGCAAUCAAAGGGCGUAAAGGAGCCAAAACCUCUCUUCUAGCGGAGAAUCACGUCCGCGCUAGUGUAAAACCCAGUCUGGAAGACGGAGCACGGCUGCCUGGGCGUCGAAAAGCAUCUCCAUCACCGGCCCGUCGUGCUCGAGCCACAAGUACAGAUAUACCCUUUGGUCCCAUCACAGCGUGCUCGACGAUCGAUGUCUUUCCCGUUCAUAACAUCGCGACCAGCGCCUUGCCCAGGACACCCACUCGCAAAACAAAGACCCAGCACUCGUCGGCGCUCGACGUCACAGAGCCAACAUCGAACAGUCCAUUGUUCUCUCCAGAGAGUGCUCUUGAUACCCCAUCAAAUAUAUCGCCUAUCCAGGCUGUUCUCGCUGGCAAAGGAAUCGACAUAGAGCCAAGGGUCAUGUCACCCGCCGACGAUGAGGACGAAGAGGACGAUGACGGCGACGACAACGAUCAUAUCAAUUUUGACGAAGCACCCUCGAGCUGCUUACCAGUUGCCAGCAGCGAUAUUGAAGACGAGCACCCUCAAAGAGCUGCUCUCGACGAUUGGCCGCUUGCCCUUCCACCAUCUUCUCCACUCCCGCCUUCUAGUCCCAUUCUUUCGCCUGUAGAUUAUAUAGCGGCCAAUACCCCAUACGAUGAAGCUCCCCCCAUUCCACCGAGCUGGGAUGACGGAGGCGAGGAACACAAGAUGCCUGUUGCAAGCAACGACGAAAUGCUCGCCUUCUUCCAGCUCCUCAAUGCGGCCGCCAACAUGCCAACCAGAGACCCUAUCCCGGCCUUAACAUCGUCGUCCGCCGCCUCACCGUCAUCCGACGGCCUCUUCUCCGUCUCACAAUCGAGUACCCAACCAAGCGAUCUGGACGACAUGGAUUUCAAGGCGAUCGGCGACUCGCAUUGGUCAGUAGAAGAUGAAGUAUCGCUUUUGGGACUGUUGCACGAUGUCGAGAACUUUACUUGA